CUUGGUAAACGGUGGUCCGGAUGAUGUCGCACUGCCAACAGUAGUCUUUACUCGAAACAUGUUUCUCUCUAGAUUAUGCCCACGUACACUCCUACAAAUUGCCUAAAAGUCAGACAUUGCUGCACAAAAGUCCCUUUUAUUAAUUAUUUGUGGGCUGUCUACAUGGCGUCUGAAUAAGUCUCCUUGACAAUGCUAUCUCUUUUGGCAGCUAGUCGCGCCCUAUGUGCAAUCUGCCUACUCAGUCUAGCGGUUGCUUCUUCCACCCAAAGGCCAAUCUUUGCGAUCGCACACAGGGUCCUCCGAAAAGAAGCGGUUACAGCGGCAUCCUCUCAUGGUGCGAACGCACUGGAAGUCGACUUAACAGCCUGGUACUUUGACUGGUGGGCAGACCAUGACGGGAAGCUAUUUAGCGCGGGUGCUACCGCGCGGGAGCUUUUCCAUUUUAUUGCACAACAAAGAUGGACCAAUAACCUCAACAUCUCCUUUAUUUGGUUGGAUAUUAAGAAUCCAGACUUUUGUCGGAAGGGUCGAGCUUGCUCCAUCGAGGCCUUACGGAAUUUAGCUCGAGAUAUUCUUGAACCCGUAGGUAUACGUGUGCUUUACGGGUUUUUCCAAACUGCCGAUAGUCGUGGGUAUAAGGUGAUCAGGGAUACCUUGAAUAUGAAUGAAGCCAUUGUCUUAAGUGGUGAGACCAAUAGUAUCUUGCGCUUGUAUGACACCACCGGCGUUGAUGUACCUGCACGGCAGAGAGUCAUGGAUUUUGGUAAUUCCUGGCUUAAUCAAGGGGUCGAUAUAUAUCCACAGCUCCGAUAUGGAAGCUGGAAACGAGACCAGGGAACACUGGGAAAGGUCUUUAGCUGGACUAGUGCAGAGGGAGAUACUGAAAUGGUCCAGUACCUCCUCCGCGAAGCCGGCAUUGAUGGGUUUAUAUAUGGCUACCCGAUGGACGAAUACAAGGACGCCAGUGCUUCAAAAUCCGCCCUACAGGAUAUUGUUGACUUCGCUGAGGCUAAUCGCCAAACUCAUCGAAUGGCUACAGGUGAUGAUGCCCCGUGGUAGUGGAGGGGCAAUUUAUGAUUACGAUCCAUUUCCUCCUCAUUCUACUGUUCUAUCCGUGACCCAAUGAAUGGUUA